UUAAAUUUGAUAUUUUCAGACUCCAGAGAACGAAGAGAUGGCUGCGAGAAGAUCCGAAAAAAUAUUCGUAACCAAUCGAUCCUGUACCGAUUUGAUUACCCUAAUUAUUCUAAUCGCAUUACUCGGUGGUUUUGCAUUUAUGUUAACAAAUUCCGUGAAAAAUGGUGACAUAUAUCGCAUAGUAUACGGAUACGAUAAUUGCGGAAACGUUUGCGGACGUAUAACGCCAAAGGAAACUAAUCCUGAAUUUAGUUGCAAGGGUGCCGACUACAGACAUUUGCCAUAUCUGCAGAUGAGUAUUCUAGCAAAUGGUACAAAAAUACGAAACUGCGUAACCAAAUGUAACGAUCCGGAUCAUUUAAUAUUGUUUUUAAAUCGUUGCAUACCUAAAAAAGUAACGGAUACCGUAACAUCUAUUAUUAAAAGCCUUGGAUUAGAAAAUUUUUAUAGAGAAGUAUCAACUGAUCUCAGAGUGGCUUGGAGAGAACUGAUGUAUCUUUGUUUAAUUGCACUUGCAUUUUCUCUUGGUAUUCUGAUAGCCUUUCGUUACAUGGUACAAUGGAUCGUUUACAUCGUUUUAAUUGGUGUUAUACUUGCUUGUAUAGGUGGUACAACUUAUCUCUGGAUGGCUUGGUAUCAAGAGAAAAAAGAAUUGGAAUCAAAGAACGUUGUUGAUAAAGAAAAUUUUGAAGAAGAUUCCAGUAUGGAAGCGUAUUUGAUUUAUGCCAUCAUUAUGACAAUCGUUACGGUGAUCACGUUAUUGAUAGUUUUGGUAAUGAGAAAAAGGAUCGCAUUGGUAAUGCAACUCUUUCGUGAAGCUGGAAAGGCAGUUUAUUCCAUGCCUGCACUUCUUCUACAACCAAUUUAUACGUACUUACUCAUUGGCCUAACCAUGUUCGCUUGGAUUUAUUGUAUGCUCUGGAUAGAAAGUGCUGGUACCGUUUAUAAAAAUAAAACAGGAAUUCACUUUAGGAAAGAUGCACUUUUGAUAACUGCCAGGUGGUACAAUCUUUUCGUUUUCUUCGUCUUGUGUGAAUUUUUCCUCGGUUGUCAGCACAUGGUCGUUGCACUUUCGGUAGCUCGUUGGUUUUUCACGAGAGAUAAAAAGAAAUUAUCUUUGACUGUGACAAAAGGAUUUGGAUAUCUCGUAAGAUAUCAUUUGGGUACAAUAGCAUUUGGUGCACUGAUCAUUGGAAUAGUACGUUUGGUACGAGCUAUGAUAUCUUUCGUUCAAAAUCGUUUGAAGAAAUUCGACAACAGUUGUGUCAAAGGGAUUUUAUGGUGUUGUCAGUGUUGUCUUUGGUGCUUCGAAUGUGCACUCAAAUUUCUCACCAGAAAUGCUUACAUCGAGACAGCUAUAUACGGUUGCAAUUUUUGUACCGGUGGCAAGAAAGCUUUUCAAGCACUGUCGAGUAAUAUUUUAAGAGUAGCAGCUAUAAACAGUGUUGGAGAUUUCGUAUUGUUCUUGGGAAAAGUAUUGGUAGUUGUAUUGACGGUUAUAACUGGUAUUUAUUUGAUACAGAAGAAAGAAGGACUACAGCAUCCCUGGGUGCCAAUUACCCUGGCAGGGUUAUUGGCCUUCCUUGUAUCGCAUUGUUUCAUUUCAAUUUAUGAAAUGAUCAUUGAUUCAAUAUUCCUCUGUUUUUGCGAGGAUUGCGCGAAAAAUGACGGAAUUAGUAGACCAUACUUCAUGAGCCGUGGUUUGAUGGAAUUUGUGGAAAAUAGCAAAAAAGCGUUACGUCAAUUGGACGAAACUCAAUGACACCCCGUUGAUAAUCCGGAAAAUGUUUGACGAGUUGUUAAUCGUAAUUUUUUCGGAUUUGAAUUGUUUCUUCCUUUAAAACAUAAGAGAAAUACUAAAAAAGAAGAAAGAUAAUAUAUAAGAAAAGAAACGAACAAAUGAAAAUAAUAUUCCUAUAAUAUUGAGAAAAAUAAUUAUUCUUCUUGAAAUGAAAAAAAUCUUGUUGAGAUAAUUUGGAAAAAUUUUCUAGAAAUAAGUUAAAAUGAAGAAAAAGGAGAAGAAGUAGAAGAAGAAGAAGAUAAAACAUGAUACGAUAAACAUAAGAAGAAGAAUAAUAAUGAAAACUAAAUAAAAAAAUAAAAAAAAAAAAAAAGAAAAUAGAUAAAACAACAAAAUAUACGAACGGACAAACGCAAAUGGUCAAAUAAUCGAACAUAGUCGCGAGAGAGAUUUUUUUUCUUUUUUUCUUCUUUGUUUUUUUUUUUCUUUUACGAAAAGAAAAAGACUGUAAAUUUAUUGCUCGAAUCUCUGCCACGUUACAAUGUUUCGCCAUUGCUGAAAUUUCGUUCUAAAUACUAUUUUCUUAACGCCGCAUAUCAACGAAUGAUAGUUUUAUAACAAAACUUCGAUUUUGGUUCCUAAAAACAUGUAUUUAUAUAUGCGUACUACGUAAGAUUAAAGAAAGAAAAACAAAAAUAACAAAAAGAAUCGAAACCAAAAACAGAAAACAGUAAGGAAAAAGAAACGAAUGAAGGGGGGGGGGGGAAAAGUUACAGUUCCCAUAAACGCAAUAAUUUGUCCAUUAACUUUAGCGCAAGAAAACGCUUUGAAAAUAUAUCUUUUUUAUAUACAUAUAUAUAAUAAUUUUUUUUUCCUUUUUUUUUUUUUUUUUUUUUUUUUUUUUUUAUCAAAUGCACAAAUAUUUAUCAAAACGAAAACGAUUAUCUCGUUAUUCGUUAAGUAUUAUUACCAUGAGGAGUAUUUUAUAUUCGUUAUUAUAACAACGUAUACGUUUACGAACAAUAAUAGUAAUAAAAAAAAAAAAAAAAACCCACAACCUUAUUGUGAUCAUACAGACUGCAUUGUAAAUAUAUUCCAUAAAUCUUGAUGAUACUACAUUGUUGUAUUAAAACGAGACAAAACGUUGCUAUUAUAAUUCUUCUUUAAAUCGCACAAGUCAUGUAUUUGUCGUUGAAAAUAAUACGACAAUUACAAUUAAUAAGGAAUUGUACGCGCGAGUAUAAAUAAGUUAGAUAAUAUUAUUAUUUAUACUUCGUAAAUUUAUAUAUUAUGCUGCUAUUGUUAA